ACACCGGGAAGCUACUCUCCGCCAAUGGAAACGCCGAGGAAGAGCCACUACUCAGUCAGAUAAAUGAGGAAUUUGACAUUAUCGACGGAUUUUUGAGUGACUCGAAGAUUUAUUUUUGGUGAAUACUGACGGCCCUGUGUGUGUGUGUGAGUGUAUUGGCGGCGGAUGGGUCAUGACGUUUGGAAAUGAAUGACAGAUUUUGUUUCCUAAUGAUGUAAUGACGAUGUGCUGACCACGAUGAAAUAUCUCAUGAAUGGAAAAAUUGAGGUGUGACUGCCUUUCGGAAAUCAUUGGAUUUUGAGUGAAAAUUUGUUUCUCAUUCGCUUUGGAAACUUAGGCCUAUCCGAGCGGGAGAGAAUGAAGUAAUUCAAAUUCAGGGACACCCAACGUCGUGCCCCUUGACGAUAUUUGUGGUCUGCCCUUCGACCAGUUUUUGGCAUCGCCCGGAAACAAAGUGUGACAAUAUAUCACCGUCCGUUAUGCAAGAAAUGGUACAUUAUUUUGUGGACAGCAGUUCGAGAGUUAGUGACUCGAUGAACAUUGUGUUUCAACUCCCGCCACUGAUUGUUUAGGUCAAAGUACUUAUUUCAGAAAGUGAAAGUUUCCAGUGUUUAUUGUCAUCGUUGAAUCAAUAAAACCACUGGGGAUCUUGGGAUUUUUGUUAAGGAUCCGGUGAUUUUUAAUUUAUAGUGGAAUUCAGCGAGAUCAAUGAUCCUUUGAAAUGGCAUCAUUCAAGAUCACUUCGGAAGUCCACGCGGAACGUUCGCGGAGUCAUGAAAAUUGGAGACAAAAUUAUGUAGUAACUCAAUUUGCAUUCGCAUAUCCUCCUCACAUGAAACCAAAGAACUCAGUGAAAUAUGAUCACGAGGGAGAUUUGGUUCUUCAGAGAAAAGAGGGAAAACUCCUGAUCGAGCACAGUAUCUGCACGCAGUUGGAGCUUGUGGGUUUACAAUUAUGGAGAGGAGCUUUUCUAUUAGCUGAUUAUAUCAUGGCUAAUCCUCAAGAGUUCGAGCACCAGAACGUCGUUGAGUUAGGGUCUGGAGUGGGGUUGACGAGCAUUGCAGCAGCAAUGUUAGCUAGAGAAGUCACAUGUACAGAUAUUGAUCUAGGAGAAAUUCUACCUCUCAUUAAACGGAAUGUUGAACGGAAUUCGAAAUACAUUCGUGGAAAGUUCAAUGUGAUGGCCUUGAAUUUCAAAGAUACAGAUUGGCCUACAAGUUUGAAAAGGAAAUUGGCAGAAUCCAGGAUUAUUCUUGCUGCGGAUGUUAUUUAUGAUGACAGCAUCACUGACCAUUUUGUCUCCACUCUCGAAAAAAUUUUACAUUCCGACGAUACCAAACGCACUGUGUAUGUAGCCCUGGAAAAGCGUUUUGUAUUCACUAUUGCCCACCUGGAUUCAGUGGCCCCCUCCUACGAGGAAUUCCGCCGUUGUAUCGCCCGAAGACGACUAAAAUGGACCCUCGAAGAAGUGAACCUCAACUUCCCUCAGUAUUUUAAGUACGACCGAGUCAAGGAAUUAGUCCUCAUAAAAAUUCAUAAGACAUAAAUCUGGACUGUACAAAAAGACCACAAAUUUAAUUUUUUUUUCACAGAAUUUAUUGAUUUUUUUUUGCAAUAUACCUAUUUACAAUCUACGAUAUACAGUGUAAGAUUUAAAGUGUAACGGUCAGGUCUUCGUCUACAGUAUUCAUUGAUAAAAUGAAAUAGAAUAGAACAAGAAUGACGACCGUACAGGCAGUAAAUUUAGUUAGUAUUUUCGUGUAUCGUACAAUGUCCUUGACGAUUAAAUAAUUAAUACACCAUUACUCUUUUGUAUAAUUUCAUGGGUAGCGUGGGCACAAUCUGGGAGAUGUAAGUAUCAUAAAUUAUCAUGUCCAGGGGUAAUUUCACACAGAAAUCGAUAAAUGAAGUGAUGAAAGGAGGUAUGUU